GAUCAGCGAGAGAAACUCCUCCCACAGUCGAUUGUCUCGCGCCCGAGUCUCGCUCUGGUCCAACAGGGCUUACGCGGUCCUUCGCUUGUGAAAUGCCACUCCUCAACCCUCGCUGAACAUCGACGUGAACCUCACUAUAUCAGUGUGCCCCCCUCCCUGUCGGCCGCUCAAGGAAGUCCUCUGAUCUGAUUAUCCUCUUCUCAUCCGAUCUGAUGCGGCAACACCUCUCACUCUGCCUCGAACACCACCCGCCGCGGCUGCUUGGGCCAUGUGAACCUUAGGCAACCACGAUUCCAAAAUCAUCGAAUUCCUGUCAAACGCGGUCUCUCUCCGAAUCCAUCGCUCGGAGAAUCACAAUGACACGUAAAACCUCUCUGCCUUAUCCCACCAGUCCCCCACCUCAGCCUCCAUCGUCGAGCUAUAACCUUGAAUCACAAUCCAGUCUGGUGCCGGACUCGGCCGAUCUUCCUCCCUUACCUUCCUCCUCGCGAAAGAGUCCGAUUGUCGCAGGCACUCCAAGUUUCCAGGAUGCAGAGAAUCCAUGGUGCGAUCUGCCCACGAAAGACCGCCCAUCCGAUCGACCGCUGCCAGAUGUUCUCCGACCGGGGCAACUUCGCCCAUCAGCCGGGACUAGUAACAAUUCACAGAGUCAUGCUCUUUCGAAUAUUCCCCAGGUUCUAAGAGCAGGUCGUUCGCAGGAAGAUACCCCUAGGUCGUCGUUGGAUAGUCAACGCUCCAAGGAUUUCUGGGAAGAUUCAGAUGAGGGAGAAGACGGGCGAGGCAAGAGCCCAAAAAGGGGACAAAUUGCACUUCCAGAUCACGAUUUACAUGCAGACCCAUGGGUUGACGUAGAACCGCCAGAGCAGUCUGCUGGGAUCAAGAGGAAACCGGUGGAGUGGGGGUUGUCGACCGUACAAUCAAGACCCGACGUUCCGACCACUUCAACUUUUGCUUCAAAUAAUCCUUUCAGACGCCCUUCGGACUAUGCCCCAGGAGAUGACCGAUUGGAAGUCUCAGAUCAGGAUCAGGGUGCGCCUGAGUUAGCAGCCAAGGGCAAAGAAUUGGACCGAGGGCACGGCGUACCUCCCACUGGCCAUUUUCAAGGCCUGAGCCUCAAAGGUGGCACGAUAUCGGGCAUAUCAUCCUAUAACACCAAGCAGGACACGCAGAUACCGGCGGUCCCAUGGGUAAAUGACCAUCAGAUGGGACAGCCUCCCAUGCCCCAAGCUCCUCCACCACCUCCGCCGACAGAAGCUCCUCAGUCACCUUUCGGUAAACAGCCACCACUCAUUCCAGUGUCUCCGCAUCAUGAGUCAAUCGAGAACCCUUGGGCUUCUAAUGCCAAUCUUGCACCGCCCACCCCAUCCCCGAUUCCCUUCUCUCCUUCACAAAAACAAGUGUCGAAUUAUAACAACGAUCUGUUGGACCGUGGACAACAGAGCGGAGUUGUGUCACUUAAAGAUGAACUAGAAACACUCCCAGAUGCUGCCCACGCAGGCACUGCGGCAUAUGAUGAACCUUCGUUGUUAGAAGACGAUGAGACUCGGCCUCCCCUUCCUGUCAGGCCGGCACGUCGUGCGGACACUGAGUACUUCGAUCCUCCCGAAGGCCCACCUCCACCCAAGCCACUCCGGCCGACGAUACGCACGACCAUUCCAUCAGAUGAAGAUGUUGCCAAGAUGAUAGAGCAAAGAAACGAAACAUAUCAGAUCAAGCAUUUCAAUUGGUUUGACCAUAGCUCCCGGAAACUGAGAAGAUCUUCUAUGUUAACCCAGAAUAAGAACGGUCCAUGUCCUCUUCUCGCCCUGGUCAAUGCUUUGAUCUUAGGCGUGAAACACGAGUCUCAGGCGGCACUAGACGAAGCUCUCCGGACGCGUGAGCAGGUGUCACUGGGUCUCAUCAUCGAGACAUUGAUGGAUGAACUUCUGUCGCGAGGGUUUGAUGCGGUGGGAGAAGUCAUGCCCGAUGUGGAUGAACUGAACUAUUUCUUGAUGCGGUUGCGGACAGGGAUGAAUGCCAAUCCCAGAUUCGUGCCGCCUUCGUCGCCGGCGCCCAAUUUGAUGGACGCCGAUGACUCCAUACUGAAUAUCCCUCAACAGGAACGAGCGAAACAAAGACUAGGAACGUUUGAGGCUACAACCGACAUGAAACUCUACGGGGCUUUCCAAGUCCCCCUAGUCCACGGUUGGCUUCCCGAGUCGGGAUCUGAAGCCGCAAAGGCGUUUGCACGAUCUGCCCAAACUUACGAAGAUGCACAGGCGCUACAAUUUGGUGAGGAGGAAUUGGAAUACAAACUCAUGAACCAAGGUUUAACGACAACCGAGCAAAACAUGUGGGAGGAUAUCAACGCGAUCAAAAAUUUCCUCAAGACAUACCCUACCCAACUCACUCCUUCUGGUCUCGAAGCUGUUCAAGGCUCGAUCCCAUCUGGCUCCUUUGCCAUUAUGUUCCGCAACGAUCACUUCAGCACGAUCUACAAGCACCCUGAAAGUGGUCAACUUUUCACCUUGAUCACGGAUGCUGGGUAUGCUGACCGUGAUGAGAUCAUUUGGGAAAGCCUAGUCGACAUCAGCGGCAAACAUAACGAAUUCUUCUCGGGUGACUUUAUGCCCGUGAGCCACCACAAUGUCGGAGACGAGUCAUCGACUCAUCCAGCUGCUCGACGGUCGUCGCAGCUUUUGACCGUCAACAAUGUUCCGACAACAACACCACUAUCUCCGCAAGAACAGCAGGAACAACACGAUGCGGACUUUGCAAUGGCACUGCAGCUGCAAGAGGAAGAGGAACAACGCCAACGCGCGGACCGAAAUAGGCGGCACAGCAGCAACACAGGCGCCGGCAGCACGCAACAGAGAAGAUCACAAUCAGGGAAUAUCCCGAUACCUCUUCGUUCCACACAGCCACCCGAAGUGCGACCACCGAUCCCACCCCGCGUCUCCCACGCGCCAAAUCCAGGCGUCCAUCGCCCUUCGGACGCCCUGGUGGAAGAUGCACCUCCUGCCUACGAGGAAGCAGCAAAAGGCAGACCAUACAUUCCACCGCUGGGCAGCCCUCUACACCCCUCGGCAGAACCGUCUCCUAUGAACUCCAACACGCAGCUGACAGGUACGAUCAGUAAUAUCAGCACCCACUCGGCCUCAGGGGCGGUUGACACACCUUAUCAUCCGCCAGGACCAAAUGCGGGCAGGAGGGAUCCAAGGCGGAGGAUGAGUGCAUACAAUGAGAUGUCUCAGUAUUAUACCAAUUCGCCGCAAAGGUUGCAACCGCAGCAAGGAGUGUCAGGUCCAUCUGGGAGGGGCGGAAGGCACGGACAGGAUCGUGAUUGCACUGUUAUGUGAAGCAGGGAGAGCUUUUGACGGUAAAAGCUAGAGAGCUACGGACGUGGUAAAGGAUUAUCGUAUCGGUUGAGGGCGGCAGACGACACGCGAACAAGACAACGGCAGAUGAAAUGCUUUGGACCUAGGGGACUCGAUAAGAUACGGAUUAAUGAAAGAGUGUAUCCCACCCAAGGCAAUUUGGCAUCUCAUUUCCCGUGAUCUCGGCAGAUUCCUAUGCAGCUCUGGCGUCAAAGUAUGUGAUAAUGAACUGGCGGCCGCUGUUUGGGAUACACCCAACACACUCCGUUCGACGGGAAGGGAUCGCUGUUCCCAGAGGCAUGCAUACCUUAGUUUGCGUUUGAAGUUUGUCCCAGGCCCAAGUAAGAACA